UUCACAUCGAAGCUCUUUAAUAGUACUUCAAAUAAAGAAGAAUUCUCCUUUAGCUUUAUUUGGUCCCUUAUUUGAGUAUGCAAUUUCUAUGUCUUUUGCAUAUGAAAUGGCAUAGAUUUAAGCUUAUUAGUCUGAAAUGUCAAGACCGGUAACAACAGCAAAUGUUAUACUUGAUUCAAAGGAGAAGAGUCUUAGCAGGGUGUUUGAUACUCGAAAUGGUAAACAAAUGCGCUUAGUUCAAUCCAAGACAUGCUGGAUACGCAUAAUGAAUUUGCAAAAAAGACAUUUGGCAUGGCAAGAGACAUAUUCAGACAUGCUCCAGAUGCACAAGCGAGGACAAAGCUUAUAACAAACGUGAAAAGACGGGAGAAGGUACAAUCUACCAUGUGCCUCGGAAGCUGCGGCUCUUAUUGUUCGUGAUUUUGAAGGAGACAUUAAUCCCAUUGACAUCAUAAUACAAACAAAAGAAAGAGUCCUACAGAGGAUCAAUGAAGCACACCCAUCUUACAUGGUUUUGAAGUAUCCAUUGCUAUUCUCUUAUGAUGAGAAUGGAUAUAGGCCAGACAUCAAGUACAGAUCACAAAGAGAUGAGCACAGUUGGUAAAAGGGAAUAAUUAAGAAUGCGUGAAUUCUUCGCAUAUAAGCUUCAAUCAAGGGAAUGUGAGUUACAGUACAAUCCUUAAAUCAAGGAGACCUCUUCGGUAGUUCAUUGUUGAUGCUUCUACAAUGAUUCGAUAUAGGAAAGACUCUAAUGUCUAAGAAACAACUAGGUGAAACUGAGAUCUAAUAUAUACAAAGGUCUGGUAGAUGCAGUUGUAAGGGGAGAAACAAACCCACAUGCCCAAGGCAAACGAAUAAUAUUACUGUCUUCAUUUACCGGCGGAGCAAGUUAUUUACACUACGUGCCCGCAUCUUCCUGUUUAUACGCUCUGAGUACAAGUUGAGAGGCGUUGAUGACAUUGAUAAGGUCAUCUCAGCUGAACUCCUGAUCCUCUCCAAUAUGUAGACUUGCAUGACGCGGUAAAAAAGUUUAAUGAUACACGGCCCUUGCGGAGAUUUCAACAAAAAAAUCACCUUGCAUGAUAAACAGUGUGUUCUAAACAUUACCCAAGGUGUUUCUCUUUCAGGCCCACGAUCUCCAUUAAUGAAGAUGGGUAUCCAGAGUAUAGGAGAAGGAACAUUGGCAUAACAGUAAACAAAGGUGGAAAUCCUGAAUGAAUUUCUAAUCAAGGCGGAACAUAACUACCUAGCAGCUAUCGUUAAUAGCACAUAUCCCAACAUGCAAGAACGCCUCAGCAAUCCAACUUACCUGCAGGAAAGAGUGAUACUUGCACCUACUAUAGACGUGGUUCGCCAAAUAAAUGACUACAUGCUAUCUUUGAUCACUGGUGAUCAAAUCACGUACCUCAGCUCAGAUAGUAUUAUUAAUUCAGAUAUCGGUUUGUGUCGUGAGAGUGACAUAUAUACAUUAGAAUUUCUUAACAGUCUCUCAAUAUCGGGGUCGCCUGAUCACGAGUUGCAUCUAAAGAUUGGUGCUCCCAUUAUGCUCUUGAGAAAUAUAGACCAGCAAACAAAAUUAUGUAAUGGAACCAAGUUAAAUCUCACCAAGCUUGGAAAACAUGUGCUAGAGGCAAAGAUCAUCACUGGAAGAAAUAUGGGGGCCACUGUUUAAAUUCUCAGAGUGCCAUUAUAUCCAUAUGUCGACAUGUCGUAACACUGUCUUUUCAUUUUCAGAUGAAGCAAUUCUCGAUUAUGGUAUGCUUUGCGAUGAGCAUCAACAAGAGCCAAUGUCAGUCUAUAUCUCAGGUCAGACUAUUAUCUUGAGAAAAAUGCGUUCACUCAUGGCCAAUCAUAUGUUGUCAUAUCAAGAGUUAAAAGCAAAGAAGGAUUAGAGAUUUUGAUAAGUUCUAAAGAAUAGGGAUUUUCCUUCAAUGUAAUAAAUGUUGUCUAUAGAGAGUUUUUCCAGAAUUUAGAAGCACAAUCUUUCGGUUUGUUAUGCCGUUUAGUUAUUCUAAUAUCUUACGGAUCCCAACUUCUUUAUUCUUAUAUAUUAUAUAAUAUUAUAUUAAAUUAAUACAUAUUACAAUGCUUUGUCAAUGAGAUGUAAACAAUUCAUACGAGUACAAAAGAUAUAUAUCACAUAUGCACAAAAUUAUAAACUAAAUAUUUCAUAUGAGAAUUGCACCCGGGGAAACGCCCGGGUACAAAACUAGUUAUGACUUAAAAUGAAGUUUGUACAGCCUAUGAGUGGUACUCUGUUCCUAAGCUUUUCCAUCAUAAAUGAGGAUGAAAGUUUUAAAAUGAACUUCUAAAGAGAGGUAUAGUCCCUCCUCUGAGUUAACUAAUGCUAAUGAGAUUACUAAAUUUGUAUUGGUAAAGUUUCAUGAUGUUCAAGUUUCUUCAUCGCUUAUGCUUCAGGAUAUUUUAUUCACAUCAAAUUAUGUAAUUUAGGCCAUCCCUCCAAAGCUGUCUGUGAUUCGUGAGUUUCACGCACCCUUCUCAUACUUCUCUAUUUCUCAUAAACAAAUGAUAAUGUUCACAAAGUACGGAGUAAUUAUAUUCUAAGCAUUAUUACCUUACUUCUUUCUUGUUCUUUCUCACUUUACUUCAAGUGAAUUUAGUUUUAUGAAGUUUGGUUCUUGAUUCUUCCUUUUGUUAUCUUGUUAUAAGUAGAUGUUUUUUUUUUCUUUCACCAGUCUCUCCAAUCAACUGAUGACAUCUCAUGUUUGUAUUUUGUUCGUUGGGUAAUUAGGGUUUGUGUUAAAGUCUUUCUUUUUGCUUAUCAUGAGGUUUGGUUGUGGUUUAUUGGUCAGAGUAAACCGUCAGUUCUUCAUGGCUUCACAAAUAGUCCGAGAAUGGGCUGGAAUUCAGCAGUUCCCUGCUGCCACUCAAACCAAGUUACAUGAUUUGCUGGGAAAAUUGAAGCAAGAGGUAGUUCUCUACCUUUUAGCUAUUCUGUAAUUAGACUGUAAUAUGUUUUUUGAGUCAUUUUAAGUGCCUCACAGGUCCGUUUGUCCUUUCACUGUAAUUUUUCUAAAAAUGCUUAUGAAUUUGUACAUAGAGCCCAAGAGGCAUCAAUUAAAAGUGAGAAUAAUCAGCUCUGCUUAUUCCUACCCCCUAUAAUUGUCACAUAUGGAUUACAGAAAGCUGACUAGGAAUGUAAAAAGUUUUUUAGUCAUGUUGGUUGUUUUUCUGUAACAGAAGUUGAGAAAUGGUUAAAGAGAAAACAACAUAAAAUAGAGGUAUCAUAGGGUAUAUUAAUUCCUUAAACAUCAUACAGUUACAUAUUUGUUAGGCAAUACAUGCUUUUGGUUGCAGAUUUGCUAUUAUCACUUAUUUAUUGUAUGUACUUACUGUUGGAAAACAAUAAAAAGGGCCUAAUAUGUAAUUAAUUAAAAUGUGUUUACCAUCAAAUAAAUAAUACAGUGGCUAUUCAUGAAAUAAUAAAAGUGUAGAUACCAGGAUAAUAUAUUUCUUUUGGUGACGGGUCAAAUUAAAUAUAUUACACUAAAGUGAUACAACGGUUAUGACCCCCGGUGCGUGUAAACUAAGAGAUGACAGUAAAGAUAUUGUAACGGAAAAUGGCCUAAUAAAUUAUUCUAAAUAAUAUCAUUAUUGUAAUAAUAAUAAAGGAGUUAUUAGAAUACUAAGGGCCAACCGUUACAAUAUUCCACUAGUCCUAUAUAUAUCCCAUCAAUAGGUAGGACUAGGACAAUCAACAUCUCAUACGGUACAUAGCACUGGAAGGUUAGGCUGAUCAAUCGUGUUGGAUUCCGGGUCUUCUUAAAGUGUUAAUGCAAAUGAAUUCUCAAGGUAUUGUUCUAAUCUUAGUUCAUACAUAUUUGAUUUCAUGGAUUUAUAUGGAUUUAGCUAUUAUAUAUUUACGUAUAUAUCGCAUAUGGAGUUUAGUUGAUAUAUGUAUGAAUAUCCAUCAAUUGGUAUCAAUUGAUAUAUGUAUGAAUAUCCAUGGAAUCGUUUAAAUCCACGUAUGAGUUCAUUAGUAAUGUCUAGAAUUUGUUUUAAUUGUGAUGUCCGAAAUUUCAUAUUAUUGAAAUGAUAUGGUGUACGUUAUUACCCAGUAUUAUUUUAGUGCCGAUUUGUGAAAUUUUCUAGGGGAUUCAUAUAUGUGUAUAUUGUAUACAUCUCAAAACUUUAUCAAUGGUUCAGUGCUUCAAUUUUUUGAUCGGAUGAAACAUUGACCUGCUAAUAUCCGAAAUUUCUUCAUUCUUUGUUAAGUUUUUAAGCUUAUGGGUGCAUCUUUAAUGCUUCAGAUUUAUGUUUUUAAGUGAAUUCUCAAGUUGUGUAUUGGAUUGCAUGUAUACGUAUGUAGAAGCAAUUUGUUUUUGAAUCAAUUUGAUGAAUUUCAUGAAAUCUCAAGAAUUUGUCCGCUGCAAAUUUUUAAUUCGGUGCUUCAAUUUUGAUGGCAUGAAUCUUUCCAUAAGCUUUAUUGUAAACUCCGUAUGUAAGUAUGGAGUCUCAAGGAUAAUGAAGUGGCAACCGUUUUUGCCAUUACUUUAAUUAAUGCUCAAAUGUAACUGAUAUGCCAUUGUUACAUCGAAUUGCGUGUCUGGAUAAAAGUUUUAUUCCUUAAAUUUGCAUUCAUUGUAAUUAAUGAACUAAUUUUGUGAAUCAUGUUGAUUCAAUAAUACGUCGAUCUGCAAGCCAUUUUUUCGAAGGGUAAUAUUGCGGUAAGAAUUUUGAACUGUGAUGAAAUUGUAAAAUAAAAGGAGUUUAAUAUUUAAAUGAGUAUAUAGAAACAAUAUGUCACCAAAGUGAUCCUAUUGUGUAAGUUGCUCAUAUAAAAAUAUUAAACAUAGUACAUACUUUGUAUAUAGUUCAAGUAAAUAUUAAUCGGCCCAAAGGAAGAUUAAUAUUUUAUCAAGUUAUAUAUAUACAUUUUGGUAAUAAUAAAUAUACAACAAUUAUAAGGUUUCACUUUAAAAGAAAAAGUCAACCCAAAGGUGGAUUUUUCUUUUAUAUGUAUUAUUGUUAUAUUUUAUUGUUACAACAAGAGUACCGCUAGCAAUUAGUAUUAUUGUCCAAAGAUGAAAUACUAAUGGUGCAUUUGGUAUCUUGUGAUGUGUUAAAAAUCAUUUUACAAUUUCACUAAAACAUAUGUUCAUUGUCCUUGUUCUUUCUACAGUUAAUUUUUCGAGCAUAUCUGCCAAUCUCAACUCCAUCCAUGUCCUAAAUGGUACUAAUUUUAAGGAAUGGAAAGAAAAUAUUCUAAUAACUUUUGGCUGCAUGGAUCUUGACUUAGCAUUAAGGGUAGGGCAACCUGCUUCUCUUACGGAUGGUAGUACCCAAGAUGAAAGAAGGUACUAUGAGAAGUGGGAUCGGUUGAAUCGCUUAAGUCUUAUGAUCAUAAAGCGUGGAAUUCCAGAAUCUUUUAGGAGUGCUGUAUCCGAUGAGGUUACUAAUGCCAAGGAUUUCCUUUCUGAAAUUGAGAAACGUUUUGUUAAAAGCGAUAAGGCGGAAAUAAGCAUGUUAUUAAAAGACUUUACUUCCAAAAGGUAUUCAGGAAAAGGAAAUAUAAGGGAGUAUAUUAUGGAAAUGUCUUAUAUUUCUAGGCUCAAGACACUUAAGAUUGAGAUAUCGGAAGAUGUUCUCGUACACAUAGUCUUGAACUCUCUUCCUAUUGCAUUUGAUUCUUUUAAGGUCAGUUAUAACUGCCAAAAAGAGAAGUAGUCUCUUAAUGAGCUCAUUUCAUAUUGCGUGCAAGAGGAAGAGAGGAUGAAACAAAAUAAGAUAAAAAGUGCUCACUUGGCUAGUACCUCUAAGGAUAAGGGUAAAAAGAGGAAGAGAACUCCCAUUAUGAAUGAAGCUGCUCAAGGUCCACUACAGAAGAAACAUAAGGAAGGUGAAACAACCUGUUUCUUCUGUAAGAAAUCUGGACAUAUGAAGAAGGAUUGUACCAAGUAUCAUGCUUGGAAAGUGAAGAAAGGGUUGUCUGAGCCACCGCAAGCCAAAUGAUUCUGAAAGAUGCGUCUAUGUGGGAGAUGGCAAAGCGGUGCAUGUGGAGGCUAUUGGGCAUUUUAGAUUGUUAUUAUUUAAUAGUUUCUAUUUGGAUUUAAAAGACACUUUUAUUGUUCCGUCAUUUAGGCAGAAUUUGGUUUCUGUUUCUUAUUUGGACAAAUUAGGUUAUCAUUGUUCCUUUGGAAACUUCCGGUUUAAUUUGUCUUUAAAUUCAAAUAUUGUGGGGACUGGUUCUUUUAUGUCA